AUGUCAGAAAAUGUUGAUCAACGUUUCCAAUAUCUUGGUAAUCUUCCAUUAUCGAAUGUUCCAAUUUGGAAAAUAAUCUUUUCUUCAACAUUAUUUCAUGUGAUAUUCUUUCAAAUUAUUCCAUCGAGAAUUCAGCCAUUAAUCAAAAGUUACAUCAUUUCAACAUUUCACGCGAUCGUCUCUGUUCUCAGUGUGACUUUUUAUUUUCUAAAAUAUGAAAUUAAUUUUAAACAAAUCAAUCGACUUGUAGGAGGAGGAGUGUUUGGUACAGGUGAUGAAUUCAUGGUUUAUAAUGUUUGUUAUUCCAUUGGAUAUCUUCUCUAUGAUCUAAUUUUAAUGAUUUUUUAUAAAUCUGUUCGAUCGGCAUCUGCAGUUGUUCAUCAUAUUUUGAUCAUCAUAUCAUUUCUCAUUGGUUUAUUUACUCAAGUGUGUCAUCCGUGUCAUUUCUAUUUCUUAGCAGAAGAAUUAUCGACAAUUCCAUUGAAUUUGAAAACGAUUUAUCGAACUCAACAUCGAUUUCAUAGCAUAUGUUCGAUGUUAUUUGUGAUUUUCUUUUUUCUGAGUCGUUUAAUCUUUGGAUCCAUCAUUUGUUUCUAUGGAUUCCGUGCCGCACCUCAAUUUUUUCAAUUAGCUUGGCUAAACGAUGACAAAUCUUCGUUUUUAGUUGGUUUAAUCCAAGCAUUUCUGUGUAUUCUUAGCCGUGCCUUGAAUUUCUAUUGGGCUUACCUAAUUUAUCGAAAGAUCUUUCCAAGCAAAUCGAAAGAAGAUUAA